CUAGCAACGGGAGGCGUCAACGAACUUCUCUCCGCAAGCCAAAAGGACAAUUUGCUUCAGCCUGAAAGUUGUGCAGAUGAAAUUUUCAUCCCAUCUGUACAUGUUGAUUUAAUCAAGACUCUGAAGCCGAAAGCAUAAUAACACAAGACUGAUUUUUACAAAUUGUUUCACUCUAAAAGGUAGAGAAGAUUGAAACAAUGUUGAAAAACUGAAGUUGUGAUACUUAAAAGAAUGUCAAAUAACAUUAUGAAACAUUUGGUAAUACCAUCUCCUUCUGAACAUAAUUGGAAUGACAAUGAUGAAAAUGACUACUAUCUAAAAGAUCCAGAGCGACUGUUUGAUGAGUUACCCCAGCCUUUCAGAAUGAUUGAUAAAUUAAUUGGCCGCAUUAUAGAAAAUUCUUGUGAAAUCAUUGAAAAAAGGGAAGCGCAAAGGGAAGUUGAAAGAUUGAAGAAAAAAAUACCUUUGUGUGAAUCAUCAGAGGAGAUUCGGGUUCCUGGCAAUGUAAACUGCCUUGCAGGUUCUGUGGAUGGGAGUUAUAUUUUUGCUGGACUUUCCGAGGGAGUAGCCGUUCUCAAUAUGGAGAAUCACACUGUUAAAACUGUUUGGCAGACAGAGGAUGUUGAGAUAGUUGCAGUUCAAGUAAAGAGUGUUGGAAGCCAGCUUCAUUUGCUUGCUGCCGUGGAUGAUAUGGGUUUGGCACAUCUCCUUUUUUAUUAUGGUGACAUAUUUUCCUCUAUAAAAAUUUUCAAUGCAUCUGAGAAUAUAAGUGAAAGAAACACUUGCAGUAAAUUUGAAUUAUCAGAUGGUGGAGACUAUGCUGGUGUGACUCUUGAAGGCAAAGGUGAGAUUUGGCUAGAGGUGUAUCGACUGAUGAAAGACAAUUGGAUUCAGGAGCUAGAUCAGUUUCUAAAGUUUGUGGAACUAAAUGAACAAACUGAGCAAACAAAUCCUCCAAAUCCACAAGAUAUUAAAUUGACACCUCCAGUCCUAGUGUUGAAAGUAAGACCCAGGCAGAUCACAGAUUGCCUAUGGAAAAAUGCAUUUGAUGCUCUUCUGAAGCUUGAUGAUGGAAACGUUAUUGGUACAGGUCAAAACCAUGUUAUUACCAAGCAGCAAUGGAAUGCAGAACAAAAAGUAUUUGAAGAAAUGUAUGAGACCUAUCUAUCUAAAGACACCACAGAAGAGAGCGAAGAAAAGCACAGUCAACCAACAUUUCAUUUUCUGAACCUUGGACGGCUACUUCCAGUUGGUCUGGAGCAGAAAACUCAAGCUGGUCUACCGAAUGACUUGUGUGUAUGGUGGAGCGGCAGCCAUGUACUAUUUCAUUACAUACUGAAAAUACCAGGAUUGAAAGAAAAGAUAGACUUGGAGCCUAAAGCUAAUAUUGUCUGGCCAAAUGCUUCUCUGAUCACCUGUUCUGCUGGGGAAAUGUGUACAUCUCUCCUGGUGAUUGGCCUUGCAGAUGGGACAGUGACGGUAUGGGACUUGUAUAUGGGCAUUCCAAUAUCAGUUUUGCCAGUUUCAGCAGACAGUGCUAUCAGGACUCUGCAUAUUCUCGAGCCCAGUUCUUGUGCUGCUUCUGCACCACUGGAUGGAUUUCCAAAAUCACAAAUAGUAGCAACCUGCAAAAGUGGCACUGUUUACCUCAUCACAGCCACUGCACACUGCGAAGGUACCAUUACAACAUUGCGAGGGAGAAAUGAAGAGCCAGGAAGUUUCAUCAGUGCAGUAGCACUUGUACCACAACUCUCAAGCCAGUUUCUUCUCAUCCUUAAAAAUGGCACAAUGGCAUUGAUGGACAGCAUCCAUGGGGAUACUUUGUGCCACUAUACACUCCCUUUUCCACAUGCGGUGGCGUCACCCUGGAAGCCAGUAUUUGCUUUUGACAAAGACGGCAGUUUCUUCCUUAUCAAAGGAGAUAAAAGCAUAAGCAAAGAGACCUCAGACUCAGAGGGGAGCAGCAGCUUGUUAUUUGCCUUCUCCUUGCUUUCUUUUUUUCCACUGAGUGUGUGCACAAAGAAGAAAGAGCCUCCACAGGCUCCCACACCAACUACCUGGGAACUGAGAUGUGAACAGUUUUUACAGGAGAGGUUGGACUCAGUGAUGAGGAGAAAUGAAGAAAUGACAAAGUGUUGGAAUCAGCUUCAGCAUCAUGCUAUGUUAAUCGUAAAGGGAAGAGAUCUAAAGAAAGACAGCAUGUCCAGUAAGAGAGAUUGCCUCAGAACGAUAUGUCCAAUAUGAUGGAAGUUUUCUGUUCAUUCCUAUUUGCUUUAUGACUUCUAAAAUGAAGUUUCAGGUAGGAUAUUAAACAAAGACACUUGAAAAUGGAGACUGCAUGGUUUAGAGGAGGAGGGGCAAAAGGAGGUGUUGCUUCUCUUGGCGGUUCUUUGUUUCAAAAUACUUCACCAUUAUGGUACAAAGAAAACUGUAAGUAAAGAUACAUGAAAUGGAAAAAUGGAAAUAAUUAUACAAAACUGUACAGUUCUAAAGUUCAAAGUAAAUUUAUUUUUAAAGUACAUAUAUGUUACCAUAUCUACCUUGAGAUAAGUGACUAUGGAUUGGAAGGUCUUUGCUAUGCACUUGUCAGAGAUGCUCCAGCUGGUCAGCAGAAUUUUCAAUGCCGUUGUUUCUAACUUUAAUGCAAAAGACAUUAUUUUGUUUUCUCUUCCUGUUGGAUCGUGCCAGGAGUACAAUUCACCAUUGUGCUGGAUCAUCCAAGCUAAUGUUCUCCCACCACUUACCUAUUACUGGGAGCCAAAACAUUCAUUGCUCGGGGGGGAGAAAAGAAGGGCUGCCAAGCACUCAGCUGAAACAAAAAUGGAAAAUGACCAAAGCCCUCAGGUUAGGUAGCAUCAUUAGUGGGAGAACAACUGAUGUAACAGAUCAAUGGCAUUGCUAAAAAAAAUUUUGAGAACUAGGGAAGAAUGGAAAGAACAGAAGGAAUAACUAUGGUAAAAUGAAAGCUGAAAUCCAAACCUGAGAUUGAUUAAUUUAAUCUGGAUAUGCCUGUUUCAAUUUGUUCCUUAAUUUCUGUGCUGCCUUUACCUACUUGGUUUUAAAGCAAUAGUUACAAUGUCAACUUUGCUUUGGGACAGGUCACAAGUAUUCCCUCUGCUUUUGCCACCCUUCCUUCUCUGUACAAUUUAAAUUACUUGUUUUCUUACUUUUUCAGUUCUAGCAAAGGAUUAUUGACUUGAAAUAUUAACUCUGCCUGACCUGCUGAUUACUUGCAAUGUUUUCUAUUUCCAACAUCCACAAUGUUCUCCUAAAAUUCUUGAUAUAAGAGUUCAUCAGGCUGGCCUUGGCUUAUUAUGUGUAACACACCAAUUGUCAACACAUGGGAAAAAUUGCACCACUAUCCUCCUUUUCACCGAUGAUAAACUUGGGUAGAAGCAGAUUCUUAUGUUUGUGUCCUUUCUGGGCCAGGAAGUGGCUUUAUCUGAUACCUCAAUAAAGGGCAUUGCUGAGAAUUAGUGCUAGGGUUCUAUGUAAAUCAUUAGAAAAAAUGUGUUCAGUAUGUAUUUUUAAAAUGUUGCGACCAGUUCUGCCAUCAGUUAAUUGUUUAUCCAAUGUGCCCUUCCAUCUGUUUUUUUGGGCUAAUACAGUAAUUACCAGAGUACUGCUUGCAAAAUUAACUCAUUGCUCAUUCUCAAUCCCCACCACUGUUCUCUCAUUCAGCAUUCUCACACAAAAAGACAAACACCGUGUGUUUGGCUAGGACCUCACUCAUUUUAAUGUGAGUUGACCCAGUCAGCAAACCGCUUGCAGCAAAAGAUCUCAGGGGAGCUGGUUUACAAAGAAUAGCGCAUGCCGGUUCCUAGCCACGCAGUGAGGCUUCUCAACCUUACCACAAGCCCACAGAUAGGUGACCAGAUCAGCAUUCAACAGAACUCUCCAUCAGUCCCGCUACCUAUCGAACAGAACGUCAGCACAGGAGUUAUUCCAGUAACUGUUGUCAACAGGUUGGACACUCUGACCAAUCUUUGUUUGAGGCUUUUACCGAUCUAGCAAAGAAAUCCUUUUUCAAAAAAUUGAAUGAAAUGAGUUUCUAUUAACAUAUACCUAUAUCAUAAAUUGAUUCUCAGCUUUCUGAAGUGACGGGCAAUGCAUUCUCAGUCAUAAAGUAAUAGAGUAAGAAGCAAGCCCUCUAUCCCACUCAGAUCAUGCUGGUGACAAUCAUGCAUCCACUUGUACUAAUCCCAUCUUUAUCCCUUUUUUUAUCUGCCCCACAUUCUCAUCCUUUCCUCUAAGUUUCUACCACUCACCCAGAGAAACAUACAGUAAGGAUGUUCCUCUUUGGAAUAUAGGAGGAAACCAGAAACCUGCAGUCACAAGGGAUAACUGCAGAAUCCAGCAGCUCAAAGCUGAAAGGUAAAUUUAUUAUCAAAGUACGUAAAUGUCACCAUAUACAUAGUGACAUUCACAGUGGAACAUAAAUUAAUGAAAAACUACAUAUGUAUAAAGACUGAUAAAUAACUAACGUGCAAGAGAAAUGAUGACACAGAGACUCAGAGUGUUCCAUUGCCUCUGCUGGUAUUACAGCUUCUACUGAAAUUUGUGCAGUAGAAAAAUAACCUCCAAAGAUGAGUUAAGUGUUUUUCAAGUAGUUAAUUUCACCAUACUUCCCUGGUCUAAAAUAUUAGUAACCAUGUAUUUAUAAUAAUAUUACCCAAAGUCUAUGGUGCUUCAUUUUGCUUAAUAAUCUCUGACAAUGUCCAAGGCCAACUGGUUUUAUGAAACUUUAAAUUGUUCUACCUUGAAUGUGAAUAUCAGAAAAGCUCACAGAAUUCAAUAACUAAGAACACACACAAAACGCUGAAGGAACUCGCAGGCUAAACAGGAUCUAUGUGUAACUCCCUGGGUCGCCUCAGGCUCGCUCAGCUCGUUCUCGUCUGGGGGGAGCAGCCUCCGGCCCCGCCAAACUGGGUAAUCAGCUGGUGUGGAUGCUGUGUGAUGUCCCCGCCUCGCCCAAAAACAGACAGUACACCAUAUGCGAUUAAAUGAGUACAAUUUAUAAAGGUUACUAUAACUAAGUGAUUAAUAACGAUACAGUAUAUAUGAAGAGAAAAUUAAAGAAAAGGCACCAAACUUAUCAAAGUCCAAACCACUUCAUGCACAGCCGUUGGAGCUCAAUUACUGAAGUCUUCUGGCCACCAUUCGAUCCCCUCCGAACUCCUCGACUCGCAGCUCAGGACCCUCCGAACUCCUCGACUCUCCAAAUAGCUCAGGACCCUCCGAGUGGUCAACCAAACACAUCUAGCUUCAUCCCCCCCCCCUCGGAGAAUCUCCCGGCCUCGGACCCCCCUUUGGGGUCCGAUCUUCGCCCAGCUUAGAGCAUUGCGUCCUCUCUCUCGACCCCCUCGCGCCUAUCUGCCCAAAAGCCCGUCAACAAAAGCUUACAGACUCAGAAGAAAGAACAUUAAUCCCCAUUUGGUUUACAAAGGAAUACCAUUCUUGUUAUCAGUAAAUUAGCAUUCCUGCUAGUUAACAAAAAGAAGAAACCCUCUUUACAUAUGGAAAAGAGUAAGCAAUGAACUUUUCAGGCCUGGAAGGACUGUUUUGGUGAGGACAAGAGGAACCCUAUCUAUCUCUCAUGGGGGAGAGGGAGGAUGGGGUGAGGGCAGAUGUGCGCGAAAUGGAAGAGAUGCAGUGAGGGCACCAUUGAUGGUGGAGGAAGGAAACCCCUUUCUUUGAAGAAGGAGGACAUCUGAUUAGUUCUGGAAUGAAAAGCCUCAUCCUGAGAGUUGUUGCAGUGAAGGUGGAGGAUCUGAAAGAAGAGGAUGGCAUUUUUACAAGCAACAGGGUGGGAAGCGGUAUAGACAAGGUAGCUGUGAGAAUCAGUGGGUUUGUAACAGAUAGCAGUAAAUAAACUGCCUCCAGAGAUUGAGAAAGGGAAAUAUCAGAAAGAGACCAGAUAAAUUUGAGGGGAGUGUGUAAGUUGGAAGCAAAGUUGAUGAAGUCAACAAGCUCUAAAUGGGUGCAGGAAGCAGCCCCAAUGCAGCCAUCAGUGUAGUAUAGGAAAAGUUGGGGAGUGAUACCGGUGUAGGCUGGGAACAGAAACGGUUCCAUGUAACCAAUAAAAAGGCAGACACAGCUGGAACCCAUGUGACUGCCCAUGGCUACCCCUUGGGUUUGAAGGAAGAGGGAGGAGCCGAAGGAGAAAUUAUUGAGAGUAAGGAUCAAUUCUGCAAGACAGAGGAGAGUGGUGGUAGAAGGGAACAGGUUGAGUAUGUUAUCUAGAAAGAAGUGGAGAGCUUUAAGGCUCUCCUGAUGAGGGAUAGAGGUAAAUAGGGACUGGACAUCCAUGGUGAAAAUGGGAUGAUUGGAGCCAAGGAACUUGAAGUCGUUGAAAAGAUCCAGAACACGUGAAGUGUCAGGGAUGUAGGUAGGAAUGAACUGAACCAGGGGUAUAAAACAGAGUCAAGAUAUGCCGAUAUACAAUGCCUAUAAAAAAAUAUUCACCCCUCUUCCCCCCCCCCCCCCGGAAGUAUUCAUGUUUUAUUGUUUUAAAACAUUUAAUCACAGCAGAUAUAAUAUUAACAAGAGAAGAUCUGAAGAUGCUAGAAAUCCAAGCAACACCCCCAAAAUGCUGGGUGAAUAUCAACAGGCCAGGCAGCAUCUAUGGAAAAGUCUACAGCUGACGUUUUGGCAGGACUGGAGAAAAAAAUGCUGAGGAAUAAGUUAAAAGGUGGGGGGGUGGAAGGAGUGCAAAACACAAGGUGAUAGGUGAAACAUGAAGGGCGAGGGAUGAAGUAAAGAGCUGGGAAAUUGAUUGGUGAAGGGGGAGUCUGGUAUAACAAGACAGAAGGCCAUGAAAGAAAGAAAAGAGGGGAGAAGCACCAGAGGGGGUUGAUGGGGGGACAAGGAGAGAGGGAAAAGGGGAUGGGGAAUGGUGAAGGUUGGGGUGAAAUUACCAGAAGUUCGAGAAACUGAUGUUCAUGCCAUCAGGUUGGAGGCUACCUAGCGUGGCCUUAUCACAACAAUGGAAGAGGCCAUGGAUAGACAUAUCAGAACGGGAAUAGGAAGUGGAAUUAAAAUAGUUGGCCACUGGGAGAUUCUGCUUUUUCUGGCAGACAGAGCGUAGGUGCUUGGUGAAGCGGUCUCCCGAUCUACGUUGGAUCUCACCGAUGUACAGGAGGCCACACCAGGAGCACCAAGCACAGUGUAUGACCCCAACAGACUCACAGGUGAAGUGUUGGCUCACCUGGAAGGACUGUCUGGGACCCUGAAUGGUAGUGAGGGAGGAGGUGUAGGGGCAAGUGUACCACU